AUGGAUUUACCAAUGUUACGCGAUCUUGUCCGAUCAUCAGAUUGUGAACAGAUGGUAACUGUCACCUGGGAACGCCCACCACCAGACGACAGGAGUUACUUCAUGCUGACGUCGCUUUUAAAUGAAAGUCUCGACGUCAAGUAUGUAGAAGGUAAUGCGAGAGUGGAAUAUUCCGUCCUCAAUCAUAUGGCCGGUAUACGCCAUAUUUUACCGCAAAACUGGAAUAAUGACAUCUUGGCCACUGUGAUUGCCUCUCCUCUGUACUGUAAGCAGAAGGUUCGUAGUACAACCAAACUGUUUAUUCCGAUCUCAGACUACUUUCUGCUUACUGAUUCAUCUGAUGGGCUCAUUCCUGUUGGCCAGUUGUCCGACGGGCGUUGGCACACGAUCAGCAUCCACUCCAAGCAAGGCGACAUCUUCUUCACGGUAGACGACUCUGAAAAGAUUCCCUUGGCAGAGUUGGAUCUCCUCGAAUCGAGAUUGUCUGCCGUAGAUGUCGAAUUGGAUGGUGACAUCCUGCUCAUCGAUCCAUCGGAUACUUCAGAAAAUUGCGACCUGAACGGAAGAAGAAAACCUUACGGGUGA